AUGUUCUUUUCUCUACUCUGUUUUCUCAGUCUCUUUGCUCUUCUCACUAGUGCUGUUAAUGUUUCUCACGAUGGAAGAGCUUUCAUUAUUGAUGGCCAACGUAGGAUUCUUAUUUCUGGUUCAAUUCACUAUCCGAGGAGCACUCCUGAGAUGUGGCCCGAUUUGAUUCAAAAAGCCAAAGAAGGAGGGCUCAAUACGAUUGAGACAUAUGUGUUUUGGAAUGCUCAUGAACCAGUUCGUCGUCAGUAUGAUUUUUCUGAGAAUAACGAUCUCAUCAGAUUUCUCAAGACCGUCGAUCAGGCUGGACUUUACGCUAUUCUUCGUAUUGGUCCUUAUGUUUGCGCUGAAUGGAACUACGGGGGUUUCCCUGUGUGGUUGCAUAAUUUACCUGGUAUUGAGAUGAGGACGGCAAAUAAAGUGUUCAUGAAUGAGAUGCAAAAUUUCACUACUUUGAUCGUAAAUAAGAUCACAGAAGAGAAACUUCUUGCUUCUCAAGGGGGUCCCAUAAUUAUCGCGCAGAUAGAAAAUGAGUUUGGGAAUGUGAUGGAUCCUUAUGGAGAUGCUGGAAAGGUGUACUUAGAUUGGUGUGCUGCAAUGGCAGAGUCUUACGACAUUGGAAUUCCAUGGAUCAUGUGCCAACAAAGCGAUGCUCCUCAACCAAUGAUCAACACGUGUAAUGGUUAUUACUGUGACCAGUUCACACCCAACAAUCCCAACAGUCCUAAGGUUUGGACUGAGAAUUGGGUAGGAUGGUUCAAAAGCUGGGGUGGCCAAGAUCCUCAUAGAACAGCUGAAGAUGUUGCCUAUGGUGUGGCUAGAUUCUACCAAACUGGUGGAACCUUACAAAACUACUACAUGUAUCAUGGUGGAACCAACUUUGGUAGAACUGCUGGUGGUCCAUACAUUACAACCUCGUAUGACUACGAUGCUCCUCUUGAUGAAUUUGGAAACAUUGCUCAACCAAAAUGGGGCCAUCUCAAGAAACUUCACGAAGUUUUGAAAUCAAUUGAGAAAAACCUUGUAUAUGGCAAUGUCACUGAAAUUGAUCUUGGCAAUUAUGUCAAGGCCACUGUGUAUGCUACAAAUGGAUCUUCAAGUGUGUUCUUGAGCAAUAGCAACAUUACUGCUGAUGCAACUUUCACAUUUAAUGGAAAGCAAUACACUGUUCCUGCUUGGUCUGUUAGCAUUCUUCCAGAUGGUGAAACUGAAGAGUAUAACACCGCAAAAAUUAAUGUUCAAACCUCUGUGAAUGAACAUUGGCCAAAUGAAGCCGAGAAGCAACCUGAAUCAUUGAAGUGGUUUUGGAGGCCUGAGAAUAUUCAUGCUGCUCUUAAAGGCAAAUCUCAUUCUUCUGCCAAAAAGCUCAUUGAUCAAAAGGAAGUCACUAAUGAUGUUAGUGACUAUCUUUGGUACAUCAGUAGCCUUCAUCUUGACAAAGAUGAUCCUGUUUGGAGCAAUGAUAUGUCUCUAAGAGUUAACACAAGUGGCGAAGUAAUUCAUGCAUAUCUCAAUGGACACCAUAUUGGAACCCAUUGGAAUGCAUAUGGCAUUCUUAAUGACAAGGUUGAAUUUAAGAUUAAGUUGAAACGUGGAAACAAUGUCAUCAGUUUGCUUAGUGUCACUACUGGGCUACAGAAUUAUGGGUCAUUUUUUGACACAUGGCAUACCGGUCUAGUUGGACCGAUUCAGGUGAUUGGAAGAAAGGGGGACGAGACAAUCAUCAAGGAUUUGUCUUCUCACAAGUGGCAUUAUAGAAUUGGGUUGGAUGGUUGGGAUAAAAAGUUCUUUAGUGGAGAGUCAUUUUCUAAUACUAAAUGGGCAUCAGACCAAUUACCCUCAAACAAAAGCUUCACUUGGUAUAAGACCACAUUCAAAGCUCCUCUUGGAAAUGACCCAGUGGUGGUGGAUUUGGAAGGACUUGGAAAAGGGUUUGCUUGGGUUAAUGGUCAUAACAUUGGUCGCUACUGGCCUGCCUACUUGGCUGCUGAAGAUGGUUGCAGUACUGAUCCUUGUGACUAUCGUGGUGAAUAUUCUGCCACAAAAUGUAUUUACAACUGUGGAAAGCCUACACAAAAAUGGUAUCAUGUCCCUCGAUCGUUCCUUAGAGACGGUGACAAUACCUUGGUCUUGUUGGAAGAGAUGGGUGGAAAUCCAUCAUAUGUGAAUUUUCGAACGGUUAGUGUUGGAACUGCUUGUGGAAAUGCCUAUGAGAGCCACACAUUGGAACUAUCUUGCCAGAGUCGUCCAAUUUCUGCCAUUAAAUUUGCCAGUUUUGGAAAUCCUCAAGGCACAUGUGGUUCAUUCUAUAAAGGAACUUGUGAAAGCAACAAUGACUCCUUGGCAAUUAUAGAAAAAAUGUGUGUGGGCAAGGAGACAUGCUCUAUUGAUAUAUCAGAGAAGACAUUUGGGUCAACAAAUUGUGGAAAUAUUACUAAGAGGCUUGCGGUGGAGGCAGUUUGCUAGAAAGUCU